AGCAAUUACUCAACAAACAUGGCGGCGUGCAGUAGGACAGGAGUCAGGAUGGCACUGAAAGGUGUGCACCUUUUUUCCGGACGGUGGCUCCUCGCGCAGAGCUGUCAAACCCCGGCCGUGUGUCAGAGUUUGCGGCUACAUGUCUCUCCUACAGCCUCCUUGUGCAGCUCCAGGACAGAGACCCAGAGGAGCUCUCAGACACACGGCACAGCGGGGGACAACACAGACAAGACAGCCGAGGAGGAGGUCCCGGAGGGCCCCGAGUACAUCCCCAGGCAAAAGGCCAGGAACCCCAUGAUGAAAAUUGGCUAUGCCUGGAUGAUUGGUCUGCCGACGGGUAUAAUCAGCUUCAUCCUGGCCAAGAGACAAGUGGACAAAAACCGACUGAAGCAGCUGAAGAUCAGACAGAGGAUGAGAAGAUCAAACGAGGGAGAAUAUGAUGGGAGUCGAUACCGCCCUCAGCCAGAGAAUGUCAAGCUGGACCAAUGAUGGACAGCCAUGACUCACAGUGACUCUCGGCCUCCUGCUCAAAGACUAAUCAUAUACGUCCAGUGAAUGAAAACGCUAAAUUAUGUGUAAACAAGAAUCAUCACUGGUACAAACCACACACUCACUCAAAGAAAAAAUCUUUAUUUGAUACGAAAAGCAAACAGGUUCUUAUAGCACUGGUGUGUAUAUUUACAUUCGAAAUGUUUGCUUUACUUGAUUCGAGUAAAGAUGUGUAUGUAUAGAA